CGCCCUUUCACCGGCCUCCACUCUCUAUUCUCACCCUCACGUUUGAAAACCCUUCCCCGGCCCCUUCCCCUCACCGCCGGUUUCUGUGACCGCCUGCGUUGCGUCAGAUCGAUCAGGUCACAUCCCCAUGGUCACCUCCGCCGACAAGUCAUCCCGCCCGCCCGAUCCUGCACCGGCUCCGGCGCCGGCAGCAAGGGAAGCCACGCCGCCUCGAGAGCAGGCGCCGGCGAGUCUCCUCCCGGCCCCCUCUUUUCCGAUCUUGAAGUCGUGGGGAAGCCGGCGGGUGCUUCCCUGCGUGAGCGUGGACGGAAAAGGUGAGAUCGUCGGCGGCGGCCGACGGAAGACGGCAGAGCACGAUGAGAAGAAGGCGGGGCGACGGCUGCUCGAUCCGGAGGACGAUGGAGACGACGACGACCCGCGGAUCGAGGAGGUCAGGGAGAAGCUGCUGUUUCAUCUCCGAGAGGCGGCGGACCGCAUGAAGCUGGUGGUUCCGUCUUUCCGCAUCGGCGGGAUGGGUGAGACAGAGUCCGACCAGUUGCCGGAGCCAGAGCCAGAGGCGAAUCCGGAGCAGCCUUCGUCCAACGCGUCGGAGGAACCUCCGUCCGCGCCGCGGUGGAACUUGAGGACGAGGCGCAGGGCGCCGAGGUCUCCCACCGGGAACCACCGCCACCUAAGCGGGUCCCUGCCGGGAACAAGAGAGAAGACGACAGCGCCGAGGUCCCCGCCUGGAACAAGGGAGAAGAGGGCGGUGCGGCUUAGGUCGGAGGAGCAGGAACGGGCGAAGCGGCCCAAGUUCUCAGUCCCCCUUACGAAAGAGGAGAUCGACGAGGACCUCUACUCGAUGACCGGGUCCAGGGCUCGCCGCCGGCCCAGGCGGCGACCGAGGACGGUCCAAAAGCUGCUCGAUUCCUUGUCCCCCGGCUCGUGUCUGUCAGAGAUCACCGCCGACUCCUACAAAGUACCCGACGAGAAGUAGGUAAGCUUACCUGCCGGUGGCGUGAUGCAUUCCUCUGCAAAAUCCCCCUUUUCCAGGUUAAUUUUGGUCUCUGUAAAAUGCGCGGCGGCCGUCGUUCUCCUCCAAUUCGAUCGUCGCAAACAAGAAAAUUCCAUUAUUUGCCUCGAAUAUGAACUAGUUAAUUUUAUCGCAGCUUGCUCUGUUUAAAGACUCCGAAUAGGUUACUAUUCAAAUAGUUCUACUGUUUUCUUGCAAUGAUCUAAUGCAACAUUCCUCUUCGUCU